CUAUCACAUUAUCCAAUGGUGGUCUUAAUGUUAAUCGUUUUUUCAUCAAGGGAAUUAUAUAAAUAGUGUAAAUAAAUAAAUUUGUUCUGAGUGGGCCAAGUUAUUGUUGAUGACAUUCAUCUCGUGCAUUGUCUUUAGAGACCCAAAAGCGGCGGUAGGGUUGGUUGGUAGGACSGUUGCGAUUCAUUGUGCACAAGGUAAGCGGCUUCUCCUUGUUGAUGGGAAUUCGCUGACAGAGCACCAGUUGUUUUCGCAGGCAGAUGUUGGCGACUGAAGUGGGCUACCGGUUACAACUUUAAUUUUAAUGCUAAGGAAAAUUCGAUGACACGUGCUCUUAUCGCUAGUUUAAACUGAAAUGUAUGGUAUGCGCUCGGCCACCAAUCACUACAGAUAGACUCCACUAGACACCUCCACACCUCCAGCAAUGAUGGCUGUGCUCCGCUCGGGAGGGAGAGUGUUCAUCAUGCUCCUCAUUAGCAGGAUGUUAGAGAACUCGCUGCUCAGCGCUGAAGUGAAAGAGGGAGAGAUUCUGCCMCCCACCAUUCAGAAGCUGAUGAAAGGAUACAACAAGUACCUCAGGCCUUUUUUUGACAAUGGGCCAGUGACUGUGGGCAUGAGUUUGGACAUUGCCAGCAUUGACACCAUAUCAGAGAUCAACAUGGACUACACGGCCACUAUCUURCUGCGUCAGCGCUGGACAGACGAGCGCCUGGUGUUUGAGGGUAACAAGAGCCUGAGUCUGGACGGCAGGCUGGUGGAGCUGCUCUGGGUACCAGACACCUUCAUCGUAGACUCCAAAAAGUCCUUCCUCCAUGACAUCACUGUGGAGAACAGGCUGAUCAGGAUCUUCCCCAAUGGAACGGUGCUCUACGCCCUGAGGAUCACCACCACUGUGGCCUGCAACAUGGACCUGACCAAGUACCCCAUGGACAAGCAGACCUGCACUCUGCAACUGGAGAGCUGGGGCUACAACAUCAAUGAUGUGAUGUUCUACUGGACCAGAGGGAAUGAGUCGGUCAGUGGUUUGGAUACGCUGCGUCUGGCUCAGUACACAGUAGAGGACCACUACACCUCUGCGUCUGAGGCCAUCUAUGAAACAGGCCACUACCCCAAGCUGAUCUUCCACUUUGAGCUGAAGAGAAGCAUCCUGUACUUCAUCCUGGAGACGUACGUUCCCUCCAGCCUGCUGGUGGUCCUCUCCUGGGUCUCUUUCUGGAUCAGCCAGUCUUCCGUCCCCGCAAGGAUCUGUAUCGGAGUGACCACGGUUCUGACCAUGACCACGUUAAUGAUGGGUGCCAGGACGUCCCUGCCCAACGCCAACUGUUUCAUCAAAGCCAUCGACGUGUACCUGGGCAUCUGCUUCAGCUUCAUCUUCGGAGCCCUGAUCGAGUACGCCGUGGCCCACUUCUGCACCCUUAACCAUCCCGACGCCAACAUUGUCAUGUACGGUCACCAGAUGGGAGGCUUUGACGAGGAGAUGAACGGCAUGGUCACCACCAUCGCCGCUGAAAACAACAGGGCCAAGKGGCGUAAGGAGAAAGCUGCUGCAGAUGAGGCGGCCUUAGCGCCCACAGGUGACCUGGAACUUUGCCCCUCCAGCCCCACUGGCAGUGAGCCCAAGCCUGAGGCCCCUGAGGAGCCCCCCAACCGCUGCCUCAUUGUCCUGGUCUUCCUCCGCAAGGUCCUGCGCAAAGCUGCAAACUGUUGCCAUGUGGAGAAUCCCCACUUAAUAGACAAUUACUCCAGGAUGACCUUCCCCCUCUCCUUUGUAUUUGUCAACCUCCUCUAUUGGACAUACUACCUGUACUUGUAAUCACAGGGGUGUGGGAGUGUGUUUGCGUAUGUUUCUGUCUGUGAUUCAUUCAUYUGUUUUUUUCUCAAACAAUGCACAUUUUUACAUUCAUGUCAUGAGUGAGGCAUAGUGUACAGUCAACAUCCUUAGGAGAAUAAAAUGUCCAUGCCACAUUUAUUAUACCUUAUUUGGCUCAUUACAGCUUUCAUAAUUGAUUGAUUUCCAUGUUGUUAUUUUAUUCUCGCCUGCUGAUGGUCAUAGACGACCUACAGAUAUAGGACCUUAAUAUGAGCCAGUUUUCUACAGCAGGAAAAUUAUCCUGCAGCAACAUGACAUGUGAAUUAUAUGGACAAUAAUUAAUAACUUUUUUUGUAGGGGUUGAUACAUUUUUCAUUACGGCAAAUCYAGUGUGACAUUUUAAAGUACAAAUGUCAAACUUUAGAAGCCUUUUUAAACCUUGAAUACUCUCUCUCUCUAACUCUCUCUCAAAACAAUUUCAAUUUAAGUUGCUUUACUGGCAUGAGAAACAUUAUGUUUACAUUCCCAAAGAAAGUGAAAUAGAUAAUAAACAAAAGUGAAAUAAACAUACAAAAAUUACCAGUAAACAUUACACAAA